CCUCUCGCCUGCCGCGCUCGCCCCUGCUCCCCGCCAGCAUCACUUGUCCCGCGGCCGCGCUCCGACAACAAAAGCGGAGGAUGCUGCAGCUGGGCAAGGUCAGGACCUUGCUCUGAAGCCGGGCGGCGGCGCGCACGCCUUUCCCCCGACUGAGGAGCUGUCUUUGGCGGCGGGUGCAUGUUCGCCAGGAAGCAGUCGGGCGCCGCGCCGUUCGGAGCUAUGCCUGUCCCAGACCAGCCUCCGUCAGCCCCAGAGAAGAACAGCUCCUUGAGCCCAGGCUUAAACACCUCCAAUGGGGAUGGCUCUGAGACAGAAACCACCUCUGCUAUCCUUGCCUCUGUCAAAGAACAGGAAUUACAGUUUGAAAGGCUGACCCGAGAGCUGGAGGCUGAACGCCAGAUCGUGGCCAGCCAGCUGGAGCGAUGCAAGCUCGGCUCGGACACAGGAAGCAUGAGCAGCAUCAGUUCAGCAGGAGAGCAGUUUCAUUGGCAGACUCAAGAUGGCCAAAAAGAUAUCGAAGAUGAACUUACAACAGGCCUUGAGCUGGUGGACUCCUGUAUCCGCUCUCUGCAGGAGUCAGGCAUUCUCGACCCGCAGGAUUACUCCACAAGUGAAAGGCCCAGCCUGCUCUCCCAGAGUGCACUUCAGCUCAAUUCCAAACCUGAAGGGUCUUUCCAGUAUCCGGCCAGCUACCAUAGCAACCAGACCCUGGCCCUGGGUGACACAGCCCCUUCUCAGCUCCCAGCACGCAGCACACAAGGCCGAGCCGCCAGCCAGAGCUUCAGCCAGGGCACGACCGGCCGCGCGGGGCACCUGGCGGGCUCCGAGCCUGCGCCACCGCCUCCGCCUCCGCGGGAGCCGUUCGCGCCCAGCCUGGGCAGCGCCUUCCACCUGCCCGACGCGCCGCCCGCCGCCGCGGCGCUCUACUACUCCAGCUCCACGCUGCCCGCGCCGCCGCGCGGGGGCUCCCCGCUGACCACCACGCAGGGCGGCUCGCCCACCAAGCUGCAGCGCGGAGGCUCGGCCCCCGAGGGUGCCGCCUACGCCGCGCCGCGCGGCUCCUCGCCCAAGCAGUCGCCCAGCCGCCUGGCCAAGUCCUACAGCACCAGCUCGCCCAUCAACAUCGUCGUGUCCUCGGCCGGCCUGUCCCCGAUCCGCGUGACCUCGCCCCCCACCGUGCAGUCCACCAUCUCCUCUUCGCCCAUCCACCAGCUGAGCUCCACCAUCGGCACCUACGCCACCCUGUCGCCCACCAAGCGCCUGGUCCACGCGUCCGAGCAGUACAGCAAGCAUUCGCAGGAGCUGUAUGCCACCGCCACCCUCCAGAGGCCGGGCAGCCUGGCAGCUGGGUCCCGAGCCUCGUAUAGCAGCCAACAUGGGCACCUGGCCCCUGAGCUGCGGGCCCUGCAGUCCCCGGAGCACCACAUAGACCCCAUCUAUGAAGACCGCGUCUAUCAGAAGCCCCCUAUGAGGAGUCUCAGCCAGAGCCAGGGGGAUCCUCUGCCGCCAGCACACACCGGCACGUUCCGCACGAGCACAGACCUGUUAACCGUUUCUGUGAGCAGGUCCUCAAUUUUUACUUUGUCCAUACUUUCCUGUCCUAGCCCGUCCUCCCCUGGUGUCGACUCCGUCCCCUUGCAGCGCACAGGCAGCCAACAUGGGCCACAGAAUGCGGCAGCAGCCACCUUCCAGAGGCCAGCUAUGCUGCUGGCGCCCGCCUCCAACUACGCAGCACCCUACCGACCAGCUGCAGUAUUGUGCCUCCGUGACUCUCCGUACAGCAAAUCUGGCCCCCUCCCACCCGAAGGCACCUUGGCCAGAUCCCCAUCGAUUGACAGCAUUCAGAAAGACCCCAGGGAGUUUGGAUGGAGAGACCCGGAGCUGCCUGAAGUGAUACAGAUGUUACAGCACCAGUUUCCUUCCGUCCAGUCCAAUGCUGCAGCUUACCUGCAACACCUCUGUUUCGGAGACAAUAAAAUUAAGGCAGAGAUAAGGAGACAAGGAGGGAUACAGCUCCUGGUGGACCUGCUGGAUCACCGGAUGACAGAAGUCCACCGUAGUGCCUGUGGGGCUUUGAGGAACCUGGUAUAUGGGAAAGCCAAUGAUGAUAACAAAAUCGCCCUGAAGAACUGUGGUGGUAUCCCAGCGCUGGUGAGACUCCUACGCAAAACCACAGACCUGGAGAUCCGGGAGCUGGUCACAGGAGCCUUUGGAACCUCUUCAUCAUGUGAUGCACUCAAGAUGCCAAUCAUCCAGAUGCCCUGCAGUGCUGACCAAUGCAGUGAUUACCCUCACUCGGGCUGGGAGAAUUCACCUCUUCAGGAUGAUCGGAAAAUACCAGCGCAUUCAUCAAAGGUGCUGCGCAACGCACGAGGGUGUUUCAGGAAUGUAAGUUCAGCUGGAGAGGAGGCCCGUCGAAGGAUGCGGGAGUGUGAUGGGCUCACGGAUGCCUUGCUGUAUGUGAUUCAGUCUGCACUGGGAAGCAGUGAGAUCGAUAGCAAGACCGUUGAAAACUGUGUGUGCAUCUUGAGGAACCUCUCAUACCGGCUAGCAGCAGAAACGUCUCAGGGACAGCACAUGGGCACAGACGAGCUGGACGGGCUGCUCUGCGGGGAGGCCAACGGCAAGGACGCAGAGAGUUCUGGGUGCUGGGGCAAGAAGAAGAAGAAAAAGAAAUCCCAGGAUCAGUGGGAUGGAGUAGGACCUCUUCCAGACUGUGCAGAACCACCAAAAGGGAUCCAGAUGCUGUGGCACCCAUCCAUAGUCAAACCCUACCUCACACUGCUCUCUGAGUGCUCAAACCCAGACACGCUGGAAGGGGCAGCGGGCGCCCUGCAGAACUUGGCUGCAGGGACCUGGAAGGGCUGGGCUGAGGAUGUGGCAGGCAUGGCGUAUGCCCUACGUUCACUGCCAGAGGGGGCUCCCUGCCUGCCACAGUGGUCCGUGUACAUCCGAGCUGCUGUCCGGAAAGAGAAAGGCCUGCCCAUACUUGUGGAACUCCUCCGAAUAGACAAUGACCGUGUAGUGUGUGCAGUGGCCACAGCACUCCGGAACAUGGCCCUGGAUGUCAGAAACAAGGAACUCAUUGGCAAAUAUGCCAUGCGAGACCUGGUCCACCGGCUUCCUGGUGGGAACAAUAGCAACAACGCGGGGAGCAAGGCCAUGUCAGAUGACACCGUGACGGCUGUAUGCUGCACCCUGCAUGAGGUGAUCACCAAGAACAUGGAGAAUGCCAAGGCCUUACGGGAUGCUGGCGGCAUCGAGAAGUUGGUCGGCAUCUCCAAAAGCAAAGGAGAUAAGCACUCUCCAAAGGUGGUCAAGGCUGCUUCUCAGGUCCUUAACAGCAUGUGGCAGUAUCGAGAUCUGAGGAGUCUCUACAAGAAGGAUGGAUGGUCACAAUAUCACUUUGUAGCCUCAUCUUCAACCAUCGAGAGGGAUCGACAAAGGCCCUAUUCCUCCUCCCGCACACCCUCCAUCUCUCCUGUGCGUGUGUCUCCCAACAACCGCUCAGCAAGUGCCCCAGCUUCACCUCGGGAAAUGAUCAGUCUCAAAGAAAGGAAGACAGACUAUGAGUCCGCUGGCAACAACGCCACUUACCAUGGAACUAAAGGAGAACACACCUCCAGAAAAGACGCCAUGACAGCUCAGAACACUGGAGUUUCAACUUUGUAUAGGAAUUCAUACGGUGCACCCGCUGAAGACAUCAAACAGAACCAGGUUUCCACACAGCCUGUCCCCCAGGAGCCCAGCAGGAAAGACUACGAGACCUACCAGCCCUUUCAGAAUUCCACACGAAACUAUGAUGAGUCCUUCUUUGAGGACCAGGUUCAUCACCGCCCUCCAGCCAGCGAGUACACCAUGCACCUGGGCCUCAAGUCCACUGGCAACUACGUCGACUUCUACUCUGCUGCCCGUCCUUACAGUGAACUGAACUAUGAAACGAGCCACUACCCGGCCUCGCCCGACUCCUGGGUGUAAGGAGCCAGGAAACGAGACACUCCGGGGACAGUGCAUGUGCAUGCAUACACCACAGGACAUUCUGUUUCUUUUCUUUUCUUUCUUUCUUUCUUUUUUUCUUUCCCUGCAAAUUUAGUUUGUUAAAGCCUGUUCCAUAGGAAGGCUGUGAUAACCAGAAAGAAAUACUCAGAGCUAUUUUAGAAAGCUAAAAAAACGAAUCGAGAGUUAACUGGGAAAUCGAUAGGAAGCUAAAUGCAAUCCUAAUUGUGACCGUAUUCAACACCUUUCUAGUUUGAACUGUAGCGUUUUGAAAGUGCUUUAUAGUCCGUACGGCUGGAGGAAGGAGAGAGGAGACAGUCAGGGUGGUGGGCGUGGAGGUUAUCGCUAAGCACAAGACAGAAUAGUUUACACACUAUGGGGGACGGCUUCUCACGCUUUGUUUACUCUCUUCAUCCGUGUGACUCUAGGCUUCAAGUUGCAUUGGGGUUCCUCUGUACAGCAAGACGUCUCUUGCCUUUUGUUAAUGCAUUGUUGUAAAGUAUUUGAUGUACAUUAAAGACGAAGAGUGCAUUGUGUAUAUUACACCAAUGCCACUGUGUUUCCUCAUCAAUGGUUCUAAAUAUUGCUUCAAUUUCAAACUUUUGAAAGAUGUAUGGGUUUCCAGUUUUCUUUUCUUUUCUUUCUCCCAGUAUGUUUUAACAAAAAAAGGAGAAAAAAAAACCAGGAAAAAAAAGGAAUAUUUAGCAGUAUUGUUCGUUCUGAUAUGUGAUUUGUUUGUGGCAACUAAACGCGGCAUCCAGCAGUCUCUCCCAAGCUAACACGUCAUUCCACACCCCUUGUCAACAAAAUGCUUUUUCACUGCCUAAAAUUCUAGAUGUAGAUAUUUGAAAUAGAUUUUUUUUCAUUUAUACCAGUUUUCUUUAUGAUGAUACAGUGUUAAAAGGAAAUAAAUUACAAUUGAUCUGUCA